CCUGUGUCGAUCCCCCCUCCCCUCCCGUUUCCCCCCCUUGGAGCGUCUGAGAAAGGGUGGGGGGGACCCGAAGAAGCGUCGACCAGCCCGGGAUACGCACAUUUUUGGGGGGCCACCAUGGGAUGUACCCUGAGCGCGGAGGAGCGAGCCGCCUUGGAGAGGAGCAAAGCGAUUGAGAAAAACCUCAAAGAAGAUGGCAUCAGCGCGGCCAAAGAUGUGAAAUUACUCUUGCUAGGGGCUGGGGAAUCUGGGAAAAGCACCAUUGUGAAGCAAAUGAAGAUCAUCCAUGAAGAUGGCUUCUCUGGAGAAGACGUGAAGCAGUACAAGCCCGUUGUCUAUAGCAACACAAUUCAAUCUCUGGCAGCUAUUGUCCGUGCAAUGGACACCCUGGGCAUAGAAUAUGGUGACAAGGAGAGACGGGCUGAUGCCAAGAUGGUCUGUGAUGUGGUCAGUCGGAUGGAAGAUACAGAACCGUUCUCCCCAGAGCUGCUGUCAGCAAUGAUAAGACUCUGGGCAGAUUCUGGCCUCCAAGAAUGCUUCAAUCGGUCCCGGGAAUAUCAGCUCAAUGACUCCGCUCAAUACUACCUAGACAGCUUAGAUCGAAUUGGAGGUGCUGACUACCAGCCAACAGAGCAAGAUAUCCUUCGAACCAGGGUCAAAACCACUGGCAUUGUAGAAACCCAUUUCACGUUCAAAAACCUCCACUUCAGGCUGUUUGAUGUUGGAGGUCAGAGGUCAGAACGUAAGAAAUGGAUCCACUGUUUUGAGGAUGUCACAGCAAUCAUUUUCUGUGUCGCGCUGAGCGGGUAUGACCAGGUGCUCCAUGAAGACGAAACCACGAACCGCAUGCAUGAGUCUCUAAUGCUCUUCGACUCCAUCUGUAACAACAAAUUCUUCAUUGAUACCUCCAUCAUUCUCUUCCUCAACAAGAAAGACCUUUUCGGUGAGAAGAUCAAGAAAUCACCUCUGACCAUCUGCUUCCCUGAAUACACAGGUCCCAACACAUAUGAGGAUGCUGCAGCUUAUAUCCAAGCACAAUUCGAAAGCAAAAACCGUUCGCCAAACAAGGAGAUUUACUGUCACAUGACAUGUGCGACGGACACGAACAACAUCCAAGUGGUAUUCGACGCUGUCACCGACAUCAUAAUUGCCAACAAUCUCCGAGGCUGCGGCUUAUACUGACCCCCCUCCCCCCCUUUCUCCUUCCCAUCCUGUAUAGCGAGCAACAUAUUUGGAAACAAUCACGAGAGGAAAAUAAAAUAAAAUAAAAUAUUUGAAAAAAAAGACAAAACUAAAUAUGAGUCUCACACACACACACACACACACACACACAAACACACACACACUUAAUGAAUCAUGCAAGUUGGUAAAUAAAAAGGCAUAAUGAAAAUUAUAUAUACAUAUAAAUAUAUGUACAUGUAUAUCUAUAUGUAUAUAUAGAAAUAUUUAAAAACAACAAUUUCAUGUUUAGUUUGCCUCAAAGAGAUCUGGAUAGAACAGAUGCCCCUAAUAAGAUCUUAGCCCUUUCUUCCUGCUAAAGUAACCAAAUGGCAGAUAAUUCAAUGUAAAAGUUGUCUUCAGAUAAUGGUAAGGAAAAAGACCGAACAACAAACUAUCCACUGAUUUUUUCUAAACUGUCUGCCCGUAUAUUUAAAGCAUAACAUAUCCUGUGAAUUUUAAAAGGAAUCAACUUUCUUAAAAAGGAAAAAAAAGUAGUAAUGUUAUUUUUUUAAAACUCCUUUGUGCAUAG